AAGGAAUUAAUUCUGUACUAUUUAUAAAAAUUUGUAAUAUAUGAGAGAGAAAAGCCAAUCUCUCUCUCUCCCCCCUCUCUAUCUCUCUCAUCCUCUCUUUGUGGUGGCCGCUGUCUUCAAGACUGCGAUUCUUCCCUUUACACAAGAAAAGGCGUUCGAAACCAGAAGAUCUUCUCCCGAUUUCUUGUCGAGAAUUGUAGUGAGCACCUUUCAGAGCUAAAUUUGGGGUUCUGGAAAUAUUGUCUGAAUUGUUGAGUGAAGGCUUUUCAUUCAGUUGGAGGUUAUGGUUCUAAUAACAUAGCGCUUCCUGUGCCAAUUCAUAUCCUUUCUAUGGAGGAAGAAUUAUUCAUGGGGGCAAGCUUCAAGUUUCUCUUUGCCUUAUCAACUCUUCUGUGUCUAAAUUCAAUUGUUUGGUGCGCAACAGACCCCAAUGAUUUUGCCAUCCUGCAAGAAUUUGUGAAAGGAUUGGACAAUCCUGAGGUUCUUAAGUGGCCUUCUUCUGGCAGUGAUCCCUGUGGGGAUUCUUGGCCAUAUAUCUUCUGCAGCGCUUCUCGAAUAAACCAGAUCCAAACAAAAGAUCUAAAUUUACGCGGCACUCUCCCUAAGGACUUCAACAAACUCACAGAGCUGAGUAAUCUUGGCCUCCAGAACAAUGAGCUCUCUGGCAGUCUACCAUCGUUUUCUGGAUUAUCUAAACUUGAGAAGGCUUACUUGGGUAAUAAUAAGUUUGACACCAUUCCAUCUGAUUUCUUCAAUGGGCUUACAAGUUUACAGGUCCUUUCCUUGGAGUAUAAUCCUUUGAAUGAGAGCACCGGUUGGACAUUGCCUUUGGAUCUAAAGGAUUCGGCACAGUUGACUAAUUUAUCUUUGACGGAGUGUAAUCUUGUUGGCCCGCUGCCGGAUUUCUUGGGGAGCAUGAAUUCUUUGGCGGUUCUUGAGAUGUCCUACAAUAACCUCUCAGGUGAGAUUCCAGCAAAUUAUUCUGGAAUGCAGUUGCAGGUCUUGAAGCUCAACAAUCAAUUUGGGCCAGGGUUGAGUGGUUCUAUCGAUGUUGUUGCUUCAAUGACGCAGCUAACUCUCCUUUGGCUUCAUGGAAAUUCUUUCACUGGCCCUAUUCCUACCACGAUUGGGGCUUGCACUUCUUUGAAACAAGUUUGGCUCAACGAUAAUAAGCUUGUAGGGAUCAUUCCAGAUAAUUUGACAGCACUACCGGAGCUUCAAGCGUUGAGAGUGCAGAACAACAAGUUAAUGGGCCCGAUACCAAAGGUCUCCUUCAAUUUCACAUAUAUUCCCAAUUCAUUUUGCCAGACUACACCUGGGGAGGCUUGCUCACCUGAAGUUAAUGCUCUUUUGGGUUUUCUUGGUGAUGUGAACUACCCACUGAAGCUUGCAGAUGCAUGGACGGGUAAUGAUCCUUGUGGUUCAUCAUGGUUUGGAGUUUCAUGCGCGAGAAACAAUGUUUCUGGUAUUAAUCUUCCAAAUUUCAAAUUAAAUGGCACACUUAGUCCUUCACUGGGGAAGUUAACUUCCCUCACAGCCAUUACACUUAGCGGAAACAAUUUGAAUGGCACAAUUCCUAGUGAUCUCGCAAAGUUAUCGCUAUUGAAGAUGUUGAACAUCGCUGAUAACGAUAUUGGGCCUCCUGUCCCAAAUUUUAGUAAUGGUGUAAAGGUAGUUGUCAAUGGAAAUCCAAAAUUGGACCCUACUGCACCUCCAAAAUCUCCACCCACAGAUUCCCCAGAAGGGGGUUCACCUGGCUCUUCACCUAACAGUAGGGGAUCUAAUUCAAGCGAUGCGUCUAAAGGGUCCAGCAAGCUCAAGCUCGUUAUAAUUAUUGUGGCAAUUGUAGUUGGUGUAUUGCUCAUCUCAGUUGUACUUCUAUUUGUCUAUUUCCACCGAAAAGCCAAGAAGGGAACUUAUCCAGCACCGACCUCUAUCGUUAUCCACCCCAGAGAUUCCUCAGAUCCUGGGAAUGCAGUGAAAGUUGUUGUUGCAGAUAAUGCCAAUAACCGGGAUACUUCUAGUGAUCUCCAGACUAGUAUUGGUAGUGGAUCAAGUGAUACACAUGUCAUCGAAGCAGGAAAUUUAGUAGUAUCAGUCCAAAUUCUCCGUAAUGUGACAAAGAAUUUCUCUUCAGACCAGGAACUUGGCCGCGGUGGUUUUGGCGUUGUUUACAAAGGAGAGUUACAUGAUGGCACUCAGAUUGCGGUUAAGAGAAUGGAGUCAGGAGUAUUAAGCAGUAAAGCAUUUGAUGAAUUUCAAGCUGAGAUUGCUGUGCUAUCAAAGGUCCGUCAUCGUAAUUUGGUGUCCCUUUUGGGAUUUUCUGCUGAUGGCAGCGAGAAGCUAUUGGUUUAUGAGUACAUGCCAAAAGGGGCAUUGAGCAAACAUCUUUUCCACUGGAAAGAAGCAAAUGUAGAUCCUCUAUCUUGGAAGAGAAGGCUGAACAUUGCACUGGAUGUUGCUCGAGCAAUGGAAUAUCUUCAUAGCUUGGCACAUCAAUCAUUUAUUCACAGAGAUCUGAAAUCUUCAAAUAUACUCCUUGAUGAUGAUUAUCGAGCGAAAGUCUCUGAUUUUGGACUUGUUAAGCUUGCUCCUGAUGGGAAGAAUUCCGUUGCUACAAGGCUUGCUGGGACCUUUGGUUAUCUCGCUCCAGAAUAUGCAGUGACUGGGAAGGUUUCAACGAAGAUUGAUGUUUUCAGUUUUGGAGUUGUGCUGAUUGAACUAAUAACUGGCAUGACUGCACUUGAUGAGGACCGACCCGAAGAAACCCGUCACCUUGCGUCGUGGUUUUAUCAUGUUAAAUUCAACAAAGAGAAACUUAGGAACUCAAUUGACAAAUCACUCGAUAUAUCGGAGGAAACCUUUGAGGAAAUCUGCACUGUCGCUGAGCUUGCGGGCCACUGCACCGCUAGGGAGCCUCACCAGAGGCCUGAAAUGGGUCAUGCGGUCAAUGUGUUGGCUCCUCUGGUCGACAAAUGGAAGCCCGUGAAGGAGGACAUGGAUGAAUCUUUGGGCAUAGAUUUGGGGCAGCCUCUUCUACAAAUGGUGAAAGGGUGGCAAGCUGCCGAUGGAAGUACUAGUUCAUUUGGUCUAGAUGAUAGUAAGGGAAGCAUCCCUGCAAGACCAGCUGGAUUUGCCGAUUCAUUCACUUCUGCCGAUGGUCGCUGAGGUAGUGUUUUUUUCUGGAACAUGUUACGGUAUCAUGAACUUCAGGAGUCGUGUUAUAUAAUGAAAUCAUAGUGAAUUCAAAAGCCAGUUCAAAACAAGGUGUGUGUGUGUGUGUGUGUUGUUUCAUAUUAAAACGUGUGAUAGCCAUUUGGAAAUGCCUCUCUCGUGGGCCAAAGAUUCCUCGAGAACGGCAUUUUGUUUAUUGCUCUAUUGUUUGUGGAUUUAUCCAAUUGGAUUGGCUGGUGUUGUAUUGUUACCCAUUUCAAUGGGAGUUAUCGACAGAGGAGAGGAAUUGUGAUCACGUGGCAAAACAUGGGUGCUUCUAGAGGUUAAGGAUGUAGGAAGGGGAUAGGAGAGAGAGAGAGAGAGAGAGAGAGAGAGAGAGAGAGAGAGAUGUAUGAGUGAUGUUCAUGGUGGUGAGUUGAGGUGGGCUGUGAGAAAGACGUUAGGGAUAGUAGAAGAACUAAAAUUCUCGUACUAACGUGUGGAUGGUACAUAUUACCUCUUUUUAUGAAGGUGUUCUGAUAGAAUCUGCACUCGGAAACGCUAGCAUUUUAUUAUGAU